AUGGAUCCAAGUCUUCCCACAGCAGUAGAGCUCGAUGAGGACCCGGAUAGAAUUCGGCAAGAUCUGCUCAGUCGCCUGCACUGGAACGUUUUCGGCUCCCUCGACGAGGUUGCAGUUCGGGACGGCCCUGCACUCACGCCCCUCGCAAACCAAGCUAUAAAAUCCGAAAGCAUCGCACCACCACCCUUCUCCAAAGUCACCAUCCAUAUAAACGCCUGUCAGGAGAAAUACGCCAUGGACGAGCAUGACGAAGAGUAUCGAUACCAGCCGCCGGCGCCGCUAGUCAUUGAAAAGCCGGCCGAGAUAUUCAAAUGCGAUGACGAAAUUUAUACGCUGCCGACGAGGCUGAAAGAUGGAACUACGUCUGUUGGCGUCGACCCUAACGAAUUCGGCGCAGUUGACGGUGAUGAGAACAGUUACUUUUUGCGAAGCGGCCACAUCCCAGCAAACCCUAGGUUUUUUUUCGAUGAAGCUCGAUUCAAUGAGGCAGACGAAGAUGAGUUCGAGAUCUAUGUUGUGCUUUUCGUGGAUGGUAAUAUGGGUACUUCUUUUGAUGAGUUCUGGGCUCAGCGCGCUGCGGUGACAUACGUGCAUCGUGAAUGA